AUGCGUGUCGCAGCAAUCCUCGCCAUCGCCGUGGCUUCGGCCGCUGCUCUGCCUACAGCAUACACUCCACAGGCAGAUGGAGGGAACGCGCUGAAGGGCAUCUUCGGCUCCAUCGUCGGAAACGGCAACGGCAACAAGGGCAAUGGCAACAACAAUGGAAAUGGCAAUGCCUCUGGCAACUCGCCCGGCUCCGGCAACAACUUUGGCAAUGGUAACUCGCCUGGAUCUGGCAACAGCAUUGGCAAUGGCAACAACCCAGGCUCCGGCAAUGGCAACGGAAACGAAUUUGGCAACGGCAAUGGCUCAGGCAACAAGGACAACGGAAACGGAAACUCGAUCGGAAACAUCUCGUUCGGUAGCAUUGCGGUAAGUCCAGACAUCGAUAUGUAA